AGCGUGUGCUUUUUGGAUAAAAUAUAUAACGUACCGGGAUACCAAAUUUAUAGUUCAUAGUUUAAAUUUUCUUUUUUGCUAAAUUAAUAGUUACGUAAUUAGCAAAAAUGCUUAAAAAAUUUGUCGAGGUUAAUGCGGACGAAAGUCCUUCGGUGAAUCCGUACGCCGUACGCACAUAUAUGGGUGAUAAUGUCACAACAGAAUGGAAGGUCGAGAAUUGUCCGCCGCGUGAACGUGUCUGCCUAAAAAAGCCGCCAAACUCAACUAUUUCCCAUGUGCUAACCAUUGAGGAUGAGCUGCGCCGUUUGCACCAGAAGGCCGAAGAAUCCAGGUUCGCUCGCCCAUACAAGAAAACCUGUGAACUCUACGAUGAGUUCACCAUGUGUAUAAUACCGCAACGAACACCAGGCGAAUUAAAGUCCAACGCCGAAUUGCGUGAACGUGUCCUGAUGGCCAAAGCCGACCCUGGACUGGUGGAGCACGACGCAAGACUGGAUAAGAUUUGUCCCAAAGAUCUGGUCGCACUCAACAGUCCCAUGAACAUGAACGAGGAGGAAGAGGAGGAGGACGACGGAGAAGGCGAAGAAGAGAGCGAAGUCAAGCCACAGCUGGCCACACCAGAAUGCAGUUCCGACAUGAUAAUCAUACCUGACAAGCGCAUGCUUGAAUUGAAACGUCCUAAGAGUCGCAUUUAUUUAAACGAAACACAAGUCGGCCCUCUGGAAGAGUUGCCUUUCCCAACGUAUGAUCCACGUGUCAUACAAGAGGGAUUGGAGGGCGAAAAUCUGAGAUCCUAUGAUAUUAUUGAAGGUUGCAAUCCACAAGAUUUGUGGACCUGGAAUAUGGGCCUGCAAAGGCGAGAAAUUGAAAUGGAUCAGGAUUUUAUAACUGCUGCAUUGCCGAAAUAUGGUCACGACAUCGGACUCACCGUCUAUAAUAUACCCACACAGCUGGAGAAAACCUUUACGGCCGAAAUUGUGUUCGGUAAUCGUAACAUUUAUCCUGAACCAAAUAUGGAACCAUUUCGCCAGAGAUACUAUUAUCGACCCAGCGAAAUAGCUGCCAUUAUAAUUGCCUUUGUGGAGACAUAUCAGGUGAAUCCGGAUUUCUGGACUGCCGGCACCAUGGACGGCAUAUUGAAACGUGCCGUAAAGCUAACAAAGAAGAGCAUUAAUCUCAACUACAAGUCGGAGGAUAAUGACUUUGACAUAUUGCCGCAGGUGAUGGAACGUCAGGCGGCUGUUAAGAUCAAGAUACACUUUACGGGUCAGUUCAAGAACGAGCCUAAUAUUUAUAAGGCUCUGUCGUUGUUCUUUUCCAAAUACAAUGCCUGCAUCUUUACCUCACGUGAUAUGUUUCUAUUGAUCUGGAAACGCUGCAUCAAUUCCUUCUUUAUCUUCGAUCCCAAUGGACGCAACGAGCUGUGCCAGCGGGACUUCAAGGAUGGCAUGUGCUCCUUGAUGGCCACACGCUUUAUGGAGCACUUGGUGCAUUUGAUAACCAAGUUCAGUGACCUGACCGACAACGACGAGUUCAACAUCUAUGAAAUAACACUGACACAGUAUGGCAAGCUCAAGGAGGCGCCCAUUAAGAAGGACAAGGAAUAUCACUACCACAAGCUCUGGGCCGUUGUUAAUGAGCAUUUCGCAGUAAAAACUGGCGGCAACAGCGGCAUACAACAGCCCAUUUCUGGCACGGAAAAGAACGCCUCGCUGGUCGUGUCGCUCAUUGCGCUGAUCUACUCAGAAUUCGAGCUGGCCAAGCUGUGGCGACCCAUGACCAUUGAUGAUAUUAUUCGGUAUGGCGUGGCCUACUACAAGACGCUGCGCAAAAAGUUUCGACUCGAUGGUAAACGCUGGAAGAACAAGAAACCCGAAUUGAAUGUCGUCGAUUUGCCGGAGAUGUUUCUGAUGGGCGCUUUCAAGGCAACGGUGCGCAAGUAUCCCUUCCUGAUAACCGGUCAUGUGACCGACUGCAAAUCGUACCUGGAAUCCCAGCUAACCCAUGCGCUGCAGGCCCUUUUCGAAAAGCCCGAGUGGCCGGCAGCCUUGCUACAGAUUGAUAAUUCCGUGAUGGCCAUUUGGCGCGAUCGCGAGUUCUUCUAUGUUUUCGAUCCGUUUCGACGCAAUCGCGUCGGCAUGGUGGUGGAUCCUGAUGAUUAUCGGAUCAAGGGUCUGGCCGUAUUGCAAAUGCAUACCACGUUCGAUUCCUUUGUGCGGAUUCUGUACCAGAAUGCGUUGAAGAUGCGUCGCGGUGGCAAAUUCUUUAUUCACGGUAUUCGCACGGGCUGCAUUCGCCCGUUACAGGUGAUGACGCAGCAGUCGAACAAGUUUCCCGCGCUGCAAAUGGGGCUGCCCACAUUUACAGACGAACCGGCGGAGGCGGAGCUGGCCCAGAAGAAGAGUAUUGAGAGCAUACCCGAGGAGGAGCGCAUUCCUGCGAAAGAGGAGAAGGAAUUCAUAGAGGAGCUCAUUCUCGGCAUUAUCAAUGGCAUUAUUAAGGAUCUGCCUGAGCCGAAAUUGGAUCGCCCACAUCUGUACAGACAGGCGCAAAAGGUGCUCCUGGCCACCGACAAGGAAAAUCUGCGCGCGCUGCGUCUGAAGAUAAAGCGCGGCUACGAGCUGGGCGAGGAGGAGGAAAAGCCAGAUCUGAAGCGUGUGUUAACCAUCGAGGAGGAGCUGGAGCUCAAAUCCAAUUACCAGACACUGCACGAUGGCGCCUACAUCAUUAUGGGCACCACAAAGCUGCCGCAAUUGGAUCCAGAAAUGACCAAACUGGGCGGCGUGCUGGCAGCCCUUGUGGCCACGGCAGUCUCUGCCAAGUACAGAGUAUCCACCUGGAAUGCAGAUCUUGUUGAGUUCUGCAUCUAUUCGGUCAACAAAUUCGGCGAUGACUAUCAAAACUACGAGCUAAUUCUGUCCUGCUUGCUGAACAAGAAGCUGCCAGACAUAGCCGUUGGCGAGAGCAACUUCUCGCUGGUGGUCUCCGAAGUCUACAAGUCCUCGGUAUCAUCAUCACUGCGCCAGGAUCUGCUCGAGCUGCUCAUCGACAACAAUCGCGUCCUGGUUGUCUGUCAGCAUUUCUCGUGCGUCAUCUUCAAGCGCUACAAUUUGCUGUACAUGUUCAUUGGCUUCCCCUGCAAUGCGAUUGGGUAUCGCAAGGGCGGCCCAGGACCGGCCUGCAUGAUGCGCUUCAUUGAGCUGGACUCGCUGAUACGUCGCAUUGAGUUUGGCUGCAACCCUCAGGGCUGUACGGUCAUGAAUUAUAUUGUGGCCGCCAUAAAGAUUGUGGAUAAUAACAUUAAGGGUCGCUUCCGUCGCUGGCCCAAAUCGGACGACGAUGCAGAGUUCAAUGCAGAGAGUUUGCGCAAAAAGAAGUUGCGCGAGCAGCGUCUGGAGAAGAUGCGCUUCAUUGACGAGGAGCUCAAGAAGGAGAACAAGCGCAUACAGGACUAUCUGGCGGCCAAGCGGGAGCACGAGGAUCGUAAACAUGGCAGAAAACCGGAGUACAAGGACCUGGGCAUUGACGAGGGCAUGGGCGAGGAGGAGAUGGACUUUAUGGAUAUGGAGGAGGAGGCCGAGGGCGAAGAGGAGGUCGAACUGAAGCACAAGCCCGGCAAGCGUCUGCCCAAGGAGGUACACAAAGCCUACAAGCCACGCCCCAUUUUAUACGGCUAUCGCAUGCGCGAGAAGGACUGCAACUUUAAGAUCCAAGGCAGCAUGAACAUGGAAGGCCGUGAAGAUGGCAGCUUCAAGGAGAUCAAACCCUGCUACUUUGCCAGUGCCCUGGCCAUACUCAGCGUCUCGCUGCGCCCGCUCAAUCGCUGGAACUCGUAUCGCAUUGAUCGGGUCAUCACCCACGCCAAGUCCAUUGCGACUCGUGUCUGCGAUCUGGAGUCCGUCUUCGAGCGUGUGGUGCGCCAUGUGACGAUCGAUGAGUACGAGUUCGACAUCUGGAUACGCAUCUUGGAGCCGAUGGGCAUGUGGACGCCGGCACCGAAGCCGCCUACAGUUACCGCGGAAGCGGCGCUGACCACGAUCAAGAAGAAGUUGCAGAAGGUGCUCAAUACGCGCAAGUAUUUGAUGAUCUUCACGCCGAAUGGUUGCUUCGCCCUGUACCACGAUGAGUUCUAUCAUCUGUUCGAUCCAUAUGCGAGCAUGGACAAGCCAGGCGAGGAAGAAGAGGAGGAGGCGGACAAUGCCGAUGGCGAAGAAGGCGACGAUGGCAAGAAAAAGAAAAAGAAGUGCCCAAAGGGACCCAAACGCUAUCCAGAGCGCAACACUGCCUCCUGGGUGCUAUUUGCCGAUGUGGAUAGCAUGCUCAAGUACAUAGAUAAGCGCUGUUCCCAGCCGGACUGGAAGGAGCAGAAUCAGUAUAUGUUCUAUGUGGUUGAUGUGCUAUCCUACAAGAAGGCAGCGCCCAACGCACGUAUCCUACAGUUGCUGACUGAUCUAUCAAUACCCAUGACUUGCUCCAAUCGCCAGUACGGACGUCCAGAGUAUGAGAUUUGUGCCACCAACGAGUCCCUGGGCUGGCUGGAGCUGGAGAACUGUCUGCCCGUGUGGAGCCGCAUGAAUCGACGCAACACAGCUGGAAAGUAUCGCAACCUGCCGCUGAGCAAGCUAAAGAAGUACGACGUGGAGAUUGAAGGUCGCCUGUGGUCCUUGUGGGGUAAUCUGCAUCCUGAGGCGCCUGUCUUCGAGGACCAAUUGCGUGGACGUCAAUAUCUCGCCAUCUAUGUAGUCGCCUGUUGUGCGGCCAGUGUAUACAACCUCAUGGAUUGGAGCGCCCAACUGCUGGACACAGUCGUCGUCAGUGGCAGCAAAUACUUCCAGGAGAGCAUAGCUCAAAUAACGCAAGAGGACUAUGAGUUCUCCUUGGAGAACCUCAACAUCGAUUGCGCCUUAGAAACAAUUAACUUUGUAGUGCAUAUCGAGCACGUGUGCUACGGCAAGCUCUAUCGCGUGCCCACCUUCAACCGCAUGAAUCUCUCCGAGGCGCUCAUCUACUUCUUUAGCCAUUACCAAUUCGGCAUUGUGAUGGUUCGCAAGCGUGCAUUGGCCAUUGGAUUCUGUCCGGGCCACGACGGGGGUUACUUCAUGUAUGAUUGCCAGGAGAAGGAUCAGCCGCUCUUCCCCAAACAGCAGGGCGCCUCGUACCUACUCCGCACACGACAUCUGCAAGUGCUGCUCUACUGCAUUGUGGUCACCCUGAAUGUGCCCUUCUACAACAUUGACUUUAGCAUUCACAAGGUGGAGAUGUUGCGUGAGGGUGCCACCGUUGAGAACGAGGAGGAGGAGGGCGGUGAGGGCGAAUAGGAGCGACAGCGGUUCUCUUGUGUACAUGAGGUGCUGUGUUUUAGUAAAUAUUUGAUAUGGAUUUUUAUGCAACGGCUUAGUAAUAAACAGAAUAACUACAAAA